AUGGGGGAGGGAGAGAGAGAUAAGAAACAGAGAGAAAGGGGGAGAGCGGUGGCGGGGGAGGAAGAGAAGUACAGUAUACGCGAGGAGGAAAAGAAGGGAGAUGUAAAAAAAUAUAUAGUCUUUCCUUUUUCCUUUCCCAUCCUCCAGAAUCACAGAGAACCUGUGGAGAAAAAUGUAUCCUCUGACACUAAAGCAUGGUAAACAGAGUAUUGAUUUCCAUGCAUGUUUGUCUGCUUUCUUGCAGUGGGCACACUGUGGUUGUGGUCCUUUAGAAAUCAACCCCAGACUGGUUUUAAUCAACCUCAAUCUAAAUACCAAAACACAAACAGAUCUGGGUCUCAGAAACCCAGUAGUUUCCAGCAGACAUUGUUGUAAGGAUCCAUUUCCAAACGGUUUCAGUUGAUUAGGAAGUUGAGAAGAGCAUCAGACCUCGUGGAGUGGUCUUGGCUCUCUGGUUCCUCUUCUCCAGGAAUUGUAUAAAAUACUACAGUGUGCUUUAGAAAGCCUGUGAGGCAGUUUAUUGGCACAUGAGGUGACCUGCUGUGGAGCCCGGAGGCAGGCGAGGGGUGGCCCGGGCACCUCAAGGACACUUUGGGGAUGCGCUAAUUUGCACCAGCAUGGUAGAGCUCACACGCUGAAUGGCAAGGUUAACACUCACUGCCCAGGGAGGUGGCCCAUAUUCAAUUAGGGGUGCCCCUUUCUCCUGAUCCCUUUACCACUGGAUUCCCAGAGUUGCAGAUUCACACACACACACACACACACAUAAAACCAGAUAAACAAACGCUGCUGUCUCUUUUUACAAGAAAAUCAUGGAUAUUCGGAUAAUAUAUUUUUUUUUUAUUCCAGUUCAUGCGCUCCGUAACAUAUAACGAUCACUGGCAGUACAGAACUCCACUCCUGUCUUGAACUUCAAACAGUCGUGACCAGUAGAGUGUCUGUAUUUGGUCUGGAGACAUCUGUUCAGCCCAUCAGUGUGCUGUAUGUGUCCUGUGAUCUGCUUUACAGUACCAUAGAGAACAGAGACAGUACCAUAGAGUACCCAGCAGCAGGUCGUCAGAGACCUGGAAUAAUCCGGGAUCAGCCCGUUCUCGUCUGUCUUUCUGAGACUCUGAUUAAUGGCACCUGCUCAUCAUAAUGCUAUCUGCAUAUGAAUGGCGGCGGAUUCUAUCGAUGCUCCCUUUACAAGUCCCACUGCAGGCCCUGGAGACACCCUAGCCUUUCUCUCCCUUCUCCUCAGCGCCAUUGUCAUUAUAAAAGUCAGCUGCAGCUGCAUGCAUUGAUCAUAAAUCAUAAUUGCUUGUCCAUUUUUCCCACUUGUUUAAUGUGGCUGUCAGGGACAGUGGAGCGAGAGAGGGGGGGGGGGCGAGAGAGAGAGGGAGGGAGAGAGAAUGGGGGCGUCGGUUAGAGAGAGGAAGAUUUAGCUGGAGAAUGGUGUUAAAGGAUAGAAAUCCCACAAUGGCUUUCAGCACACCUACCAUAUGCCAUGGGCAGUUGCCGGAUUGCUGUGGUAUGAAAACAAGAAAGCUUUUAAUGGCUGGCCAUGGAGAGCACAAACCCAAGCCCUGCCUGUUGCCUCAUGCUGCAGCAGGUUCUACAGAUGGCAGUGGAUUUGAGAGAGCUUUUUUCUCUACAGAAUUUGUCUGGCUCAUGUAGACACAAACCUACUUUGCUGUGGUGUACUGGAAAGAUCUUGUUUUGUAACCAUUUCUUUCUCUCUUUCGCUCUGUUUUAUGGUCCCUUUCACAUUUUGCUCUCUCUCUCUGUCUGCAGCCUCUUUCCUCCCAUGCUACUAGGAAGGCAAAUUCCAGCACUCCCCUCCAAGGGGUAAUCUGAUUGGCGCAUCCUCCAGGGUUUUGGCUGCUACAAACAAAUCGAUAAACAGAGAUGGACAUAUUGAUAGACUCACAAACAUACAGAUGUAGGAUUUGAAUUUGACCUAUAUUGUCGCAGUAAAAUAAUCCUACAGCAACAGGAUUUUAAUGUUUAGUCCAUAAUGUUGCUUAUUCGUUGGAUAGGCUAUUAGCAUGUCAAAAUGAGGCUACCUGGAAAGUGGAAUACUGUUAAUAUAACCAUGUGUUAGUGCAGGUUUUCAUUGAAUUUAUGUAAUUCUCAGCAACAAAAGAGUGAUCAAAUGAAGAUCCUAUAUCUGUGCACACACAGAAAAAAAGGCAGCCAGACAAAAAUAUAUAGUUUUGUUCACUUGUGCAGACCUAUCCAAAAAACGUUACAUACCACUCUCAAUCUGAAAAAAAGGAAUGAUAGAUUUGUGUAAGGAGUCUUUUUGUAGUACUGCCAUCACACACAUAGACCAAUUAAUUUCCAUGGUGAAACUCUCCAAACCAUAUUGCCCUCUGUGCCAUUAGAUCCAGUAUGUAUGUUCCCCCUACUACUCAUUCCUCUCAUCUGUUUUAUGGAUCCUGCUUUAUGAAGCUGUAUGCUGACAUCCAUCGAGGCAUUUUUGCAACGCAAGGAAAACUUUGGUGACAUUUUCAAAAAGAGCUUUGCUCUGAUAUGCUUCUGUAAUGGGAUGGAGAGCUACAUAGAAAACUGCUACCUCCAGCUAGGAAGUCUCCUCCUUUUUCCUAAAGCAAAUGGGAGACAAUCCAAUUUCCCCUGAUUCCAUCAAGCCCCUCUUGGAGCAUUAGUAAAUGCUGAGAGGAGAGAGGACCCACCCUCUGGCUCCCAGACAGCCUCCACACUGCAGCCCAUUAAAGAGCCCUGUAAAGGGCAGAGCCCCCACCUCCACUAACAUACAGGGACCCUUUAGUCAGUCACAGUAGUGCACCAACCUGCAGUGUCCUACAUUUACAUUUAAGUCAUUUAGCAGAUGCUCUUAUCCAGAGCGACUUACAGUUAGUGAGUGCAUACAUUAUUAUUUUUAUUUUUCAUACUGGCCCCCCGUGGGAAUCAAACCCACAACCCUGGCGUUGCAAACGCCAUGCUCUACCAACUGAGCUACAUCCCUCCCCUACCCUGGGCCAAUUGUACGCCGCCCCAUGUGUCUGUGUAUGUGUGUGUGUGUGUGUCAUGUACUGUAUGAGCCAACUCUUGCAUGUGUCCUCCCUGUCAUACCCUGGGAGUGUCCCUGCACACACCGUGCUGUCCGAGCCGUCCGGGACUAACACCAGAUUAGUUGGAGCAGAUUAAGACCUAAACCCCUUACAGUUUAAUUAUUCCUGUAUUUGUGUGCAUCAAGGUCCCACUCGCUGCCUUUGCACUAAACAUCUGCCACUCUGCCUCUAUUGUAUAGGGCAACAGACCAACUAUAGUGUGUGAGAGACCGUCUGCGCACUGACAUGCUUUUAUUGUCCGGAUUUGUACUUUUAUGUGUAUUUGAUAAUUAUACUUCGCACAUCAAGUGGGAUUAAUACCCAUUCAUGAUAUAUUGCAGCUUUAGCUGAGUAAACCUAACACUGACAUUGUACUGAAUACUCAACAGGACCGUCGAGGCAGACCAUAAGAAAACCCUGUGUCUCUCCCGACCAUUUAUGGUUGAGGACAUUUGCAUCCAUCUUGGGGGAAUUGAACUCUAAUGGAAUCAGCAGGCCUCUGAAGUGGGGCUGCUCAGGGCAAACAAUAGGAUCUCACUUUGGGAUCGUUGGAGAGAGCCUUUUAUCAAGCAGCGUAGGAGAUCUCCCUCCCCCUCAUGCUCUGGGAUGGUUCGACAGUCUUUGUCUGACACUGGGUUGGUUCCACUAAUGGUUGUCUUCACUGGUUAAUAGGCUAGGGCCAAAGGCUAAGAAAAAUAGGAUUUACUGAUAUUCAAAUCAAGUCAAGCUUUAUUUAUACAGCACAUUUCAGGAAUGCAACACAACGUGCUUCACAGGAAAAAAACAAAUAAAAACAGUGAAAAUAAAAACAAAUAUUUACUACACAACAAACAUAAGAAGAUAAAAAACUAAAGAAUAACAAUAAAAACUGAAUGACUAAAAAGCACCCUAAGGAAAAGCAAAGCUAAAAAGGUGUUUUUUAAGAUCUCUUUUAAAUAUGUCCACAGUUUCGGCCCCGCUCAGGUUCUCUGGCAGGCUAUUCCAGAGGCUGGGGGCAUAGUAACUAAAGGCUGCCUCUCCAUGCCUCUUGGUCCUAGGCUUUGGGAUAGUUAAAAGGCCAGUGCCAGCAGAGGACCUGAGGGACCUACUGGGUACAGACAGUGCCUUCGGAAGGUAUUCAGACCCCUUGACUUUUUCGACAUUUUGUUACAUUACAGCCUUAUUCUAAAAUUGAUUAAAUAAAUAAAAAAUUGAACCCGAUCGAACAUCUCUGGAGAGACCUGAAAAUAGAUGUGCAGCAACCUGACAGAGUUUGAGAGGAUCUGCAGAGAAGAAUGGGAGAAACUCUCCAAAUACAGGUGUGCCAAGCUUGUAGCGUCAUACCCAAGAAGACUCAAGGCUGUAAUCGCUGCCAAAGGUGCUUCAAAGAAGUACUGAGUAAAGGGUAUGAAUACUUAUGUAAAUGUGAUAUUUCAGUUUUUUAUUUUUAAUAAAUUAGCAAACAUUUCUAAAAUCCUGUUUUUGCUUCAUCAUUAUGGGGUAUUGUGUGUAGAUUGAAAUCAAUUUUAGAAUAAGGCUUUAACCAAACAAAAUGUGGAAAAGGUCAAGGGGUCUGAAUACUUUCCGAAGGCACUGUAACUUAAAAGCAUGUCUGACAUGUAUUGGGGUGCACAAUCGUGGAUUGAUUUAAAAACCAAUAGAAGAAUCUUCAAAUUAAUUAUAAAAGUCACAGGCAGCUAGUGCAGAGACCUUAAAACCGGUGUAAUGUGUGCUCUCCAUCUGGUCUUGGUCAGUACCCGUGCUGCAGCAUUCUGUAUGUUUUGCAGUUGACCAAUAACUUUCUUGGGUUAAAUAUGUUAAAUUUUUUUAUUAUAAUGUAUAUUACUGCCUUAAUUUUUGCUGGACUCCAGGAAGAGUAGCUGCUGCCUUGGCAAUUGAACUUGUACUUUAAACCCAUACAUUUGCAGAUAUUUAAUGGUGCCUAAUAUGGUCUGAUUGGGGUUAUACAGUGUAUUCGGAAAGUAUUCAGACCCCUUGACUUUUUCCACAUUUUGUUACGUUACAGCCUUAUACUAAAAUUGAUUAAAUUAAUUGUUUUCCUCAUUAAUCUACACAUAAUACCCCAUAAUGACAAAGCGAAAACAGGUUUUUAGAAAUGUUUGCAGAUAUAUAAAAAAUAACUUUGCCAUGAGACUCGAAAUUGAGCUCAGGUGCAUCCUGUUUCCAUUGAUCAUCCUUGAGUUUCUACAACUUGAUUGGAGUCCACCUGUGGUAAAUUCAAUUGAUUGAACAUGAUUUGGAAAGGCACACACCUGUCUAUGUAAGGUCCCACAGUUGACAGUGCAUGGUCAGAGCAAAAACCAAGCCAUGAGGUCGAAGGAAUUGUCCGUAGAGCUCCGAGACAGGAUUGUGUCGAGGCACAGAUCUGGGGAAGGGUACCAAAACAUUUCUGCAGCAUUGAAUGGAACCACCAAGACUCUUCCUAGAGCUGGCUGCCCUGCCUAACUGAACAAUCGGGGGAGAAGGGCCUUGGUCAGGGAGGUGACCAAGAACCCGAUGGCCACUCUGACAGAGCUCCAGAGUUCCCUCUUUGGAGAUGGGAGAACCUUCCAGAAGGACAACCAUCUCUGCAGCAAUCCACCAAUCAGGCCUUUAUGGUAGAGUGGCCAGACGGAAGUCGCUCCUCAGUAAAAGACACAUGACAGCCCGUUUGGAGUUUGCCAAAAGGAACCUAAAGAACUCUCAGACCAGGAGAAACAAGAUUCUCUGGUCUGAUGAAACCAAGAUUGAACUCUUUGGCUUAAAUGCCAAGCGUAACGUCUGGAGGAAGCCUGUCACCAUCCCUACGGUGAAGCAUGGUGGUGGCAGCAUCAUGCUGUGGGGAUGUUUUUCAGCGGCAGGGACUGGGAGACUAGUCAGGGUCAAGGGAAAGAUAAACGGGGCAAAGUACAGAGAGAUCCUUGAUGAAAACCUGCUCCAGAGCGCUCAGGACCUCAGACUGGGGCGAAGGUUCACCUUCCAACCAGACAACGACCCUAAGCACACAGCCAAGACAACGCAGGAGUGGCUUCGGGACAAGUCUCUGAAUGUCCUUGAGUGGCCCAGCCAGAGCCCAGACUUGAACCCGAUUGAACAUCUCUGGAGAGACCUGAAAAUAGCUGUGCAGCGACGCUCCCCAUCCAACCUGACCGAGCUUGAGACGAUCUGUAGAGAGGAAUGGGAGAAACUCCCCAAAUACAGUUGUGCCAAGUUUAUAGCGUCAUACCCACGAAGACUCAAAGCUGUAAUCGCUGCUAAAAGGGUCUGAAUACUUAUGUAAAUGUGAUAUUUCCGUUGUUUAUUUUUAUUACACUUGCAAAAAUUUAGAAAAACCUGUUUUUGCUUUGUCAUUAUGGGGUAUUGUGUGUAGAUUGAGGGAAACAACACAAUUGAAUCCAUUUUAGAAUAAGGCUAUAAUGUAACAAAAUGUGGAAUAAGUCAAGUGGUCUGAAUACUUUCCGAAUGUACUGUACACUUAAUUAUAUCUAUAAGUAACAGAAAGGCUGUUCCUGCGGCUAUGUUGGAGGCUGAUAGUCAGGUUUUGAAAGCCUUAGACCUUACCUCGCAACAACAUGGAACUCCACACAGUCAAAGCCGUGAAGAUGGUGGUUGACUUCAGGAAAUGCCGCCCGCCAUCUCUCCCCCUCGAGAUUGAUGGCUCUGCCUUCAGCACGGCCAAAUCAUUCAAAUUCCUGGGAACCAUUGUCUGCAGCAACCUCAAGUGGGAGGACAACAUCACAGUGGUGACCAAGAAGGCUCGACAGAGGAUGUACUGUCUGCGCCAGCUGAGGAAACUCAAACUCUCUCUGACAGUUCUGGUUCGGUUCUUUACGUCUUCAUUGAGUCCAUCCUCACCUCUUCUAUCACCGUUUGGGUCUGUGUCUGCCCGCUGCAAGGGCAAACUGCAGCGCAUCGUCCGGUCUGCGGAGAAGGUCAUCGCCUGUCAAGGACCUGCACGCCUUCAGGACAAGGAAGCGUGCAGGUAAGAUCAUCGCCAACCCAACCAACCCUUAUAUUUCAAAGAUUCCGCUCUGGCAGACAGUUUAGGUCAAUCAUGACCAAAACGGCCCGCCACCUGAACAGUUGAUUAAGUAACUUUUCGUAAGGGAUUAAGUGACUUUGCAUUGAGACAAUGACUGCACCUUGUCAUCAAUAUCCUCAAAUACUAAUCUGCACUAGACUGCAUUUGCACUAUGUACACGUCUGCACAACACUGUAUAUGCACUGUAUAUACAGUGGGCUACAAAAGUAUUGGGACAGUGACACAUUUUUUGUUGUUUUGAAAUGAUAUGAGGUUAACGUGCAGACUGUCAGCUUUAAUUUGAGAGUAUUUUCAUCCAUAUCGGGUGAACCGUUUAGAAAUUACAGCACUUUUUGUACAUAGUGCCCUCCAUUUUAGGGGACCAGAAGUAUUGGGACAAAUUUACUUAUGUGUAUUGAAGUAGUCAAAAGUUUAGUAUUUGGUCCCAUAUUUCUAUCACACAAUGAUUUACAUCAAGCUUGUGACUCUACAAACUUGUUGGAUGCAUUUGCUGUUUGUGUUUCAGAUUAUUUUGUGCCCAAUAGAAAUGAAUGGUAAAUAAUGUAUUGUGUUAUUUUGGAGUCACUUUUAUUGUAAAUAAGAAUAGGAUGUUUCUAAACACUUCUACAUUAAUGUGGAUGCUACCAUGAUUAAGGAUAGUCCUGAAUUAAUCGUUAAUAAUGAUAAGUGAGAAAGUUAGACACACAAAUAUCAUACCCCCAAGACAUGCUAACCUCUCACCAUUACAAUAACAGGGGAGGUUAGCAUUUUUGGGGGGGUAUGAUAUUUGUGCGUGUAACUUUCUCACUCAUCAUUAUUCACGAUUCAAUUGUAUUCCCACUGUAAUCAGACUAUACUCCAGAGUUUUAUCUUUACUGUAUUUAUAUUGUAUGUUGACAUCUGUAUUCUAACAUUUACAUUUACAUUUUAGUUAUUUAGCAGACGCUCUUAUCCAGAGCGACUUACAGUAGUGAGUGCAUACAUUUCAUACUUUUUUUCUCCGUGCUGGUCCCCCGUGGGAGUCGAACCCACAACCCUGGUGUUGCAAGCGCCAUGCUCUGCCAACUGAGGCACACGGGACCCUGUUUGUACAAUGUCUAUUGCUGGCAGCACCUAUUCACUAAGUCAAAUUCAGGAUAUGUAAAUGUAUUGGCGAGUAAAGGUGAUUCUGAUUCUAAAGAAUUAGCCAGUUAGCUCAGUGACUGGAGGUAUUCUAAUUGUUCUCAUCUGAUCCUGCAGCUAGCUGGUGACAACAAUAUUGCAGUUUGUCAUCAUUAUGGGGUGAAAAGGCAAACUGGAGCUGAAUCCCCCUUGAUGAUGCGUGUCAUACUCUGUCAAGAGUUACACUGACCUCACUCCCGGUCUCAUGCCGCCUGCACACAUAGUCCACAGGAUUUCCACCCCCGCUGACCCCUGUCCUAAAUAUUGUCUUUCUUCAUAUCAGCUCAGCUCCGGUCACAGACCAUAGACACCACUUCAAUUUGUCCCAAACGGUGGCUGUGCUCAGGGCAGACUGCUCCUUUGUACCAAGACCAUUGUGUGAUGGGACAGCCUCCAUGGGUAAUGCAUUUAGCACGUUCUCACCCCAGGACAAGGACGAGAGACGCCCAGGCUUUGUUCCUCGACCCUGGCCGUGUCACCCUCCCUCUGAGCCUUUUGAGCACGGAGGUCUGCCUGCUCUGCCCGGCCCAUUGGCCACAUUGUGUUAACAUGUGGCAGGGAGGGCUCAGAGAGGGCUCAGCCAGGGCUCGGGUGGAUACUGGGCUAAUGCCAUUGGUUCCACUGGCUCAGGCUGCUAUAGAGUCUCUCUCAAGUUGAAAGGUUUAAUCGUUUGCUCAGGUUGAGAUCAAUAUUUCAUAUUUUCACAUUAUCCUCUUUAUGGUGAAAUUAUUGGGUUUUUGAUUUAGUCAAGAGGUAAUAACAUAGUUUUCUCAACUGCAAAGUUUGCAAGCCACAACUUUACAACUGACAAGGCUAAGGUUCUUUCAUUGUUCUAUGACAAACAGAGCAAUGGUUAUUGUCUCUAUGAUUAAACUUGUUUUAUAUACAGGGAUGUAGCUCAGUUGGUAGAGCAUGGCGUUUGCAACGCCAGGGUUGUGGGUUCGAUUCCCACGGGGGGCCAGUAUGAAACAUUAAAAAAUAACUGUAAGUGGCUCUGGAUAAGAGCGUCUGCUAAAUGACUGAAAUGUAAAUGUAAUAUACCCUAUUACUGUGUUAUGGGUCUGUAAGUUAGACCUGUUUGUCUUUAGCUCUUCUCAGGUUUCUUAACAUUUCUCACUCUCUUUUCACAGGAUGACGAGGGCCAGACAGCACUACACUAUGGUAAUCUUCCGGAUAUCAGAGAUUUUAAUUUUCAUUUGGAUUUCCGGAUGAAUAUGUCUAUGUAGGCUAUGUUUGUGUAUGAGUGUUUGUAUGUACACUACCGUUCAAAAGUUUGGGGUCACUUAGAAAUGUCCUUGUUUUCGAAAGAAAAGCAAUUUUUUUGCCCAUUAAAAUAACAUCAAAUUGAUCAGAAAUACAGUGUAGACAUUGUUAAUGUUGUAAAUGGCUAUUGUAGCUGGAAACGGCUGAUUUUUUUAUGGAAUAUCUACAUAGGCAUACAGAGGCCCAUUGUCAGCAACCAUCAGUCCUGUGUUCCAAUGGCACGUUGUGUUUGCUAAUCCAAGUUUAUCAUUUUAAAAGGCUAAUUGAUCAUUAGAAGACCCUUUUGCAAUUAUGUUAGCACAGCUGAAAACUGUUGUGCUGAUUAAAGGAGCAAUAAAACUGGCCUUCUUGAGACUAGUUGAGUAUCUGGAGCAUCAGCAAUUGUGGGUUCAAAAUGGCCAGAAACAAAGAACUUUCUUCUGAAACUCGUCAGUCUAUUCUUGUUCUGAGAAAUGAAGGCUAUUCCAUGCGAGAAAUUGCCAAGAAACUGAAGAUCUCAUACAACGCUGUGUACUACAACCUUCACAGAACAGCGCAAACUGGCUCUAACCAGAAUAGAAAAGGGAGUGGGAGGCCCCGGUGCACAACUGAGCAAGAGGACAAAUACAUUAGUGUCUAGUUUGAGAAACAGACGCCUCACAGGUCCUCAACUGGCAGCUUCAUUAAAUAGUACCCGCAAAACACCAGUCUCAACGUCAACAGUGAAGAGGCGACUCCGGGAUGCUGACUUUCUAGGCAGAGUUGCAAAGAAAAAGCCAUAUCUCAGACUGGCCAAUAAAAAGAAAAGAUUAAUAUGGGCAAAAUAACACAGACACUGGACAGAGGAAGAUUGGAAAAAAGUGUUCUGGGCAGACGAAUCGAAGUUUGAGGUGUUCGGAUCACAAAGGAGAACAUUUGUGAGACGCAGACCAAAUGAAAAGAUGCUGGAGGAGUGCUUGAUGCCAUCAGUCAAGCAUGGUGGAGGCAAUGUGAUGGUCUGGGGGUGCUUUGGUGGUGGUAAACUGGGAGAUUUGUACAGGGUAAAAGGGAUCUUGAAGAAGGAAGGCUAUCACUCCAUUUUGCAACGCCUGCCAUACCCUGUGCUUGAUUGGAGCCAAUUUCCUCCUACAGCAGGACCCAAAGCACAGCUCCAAACUAUGCAAUAACUUUUUAGGGAAGAAAGCAGUCAGCUGGUAUUCUGUCUAUAAUGGAGUGGCCAGGACAGUCAACGGAUCUCAACCCUAUUGAGCUGUUGUGGGAGCAGCUUGACCGUAUGCCAAUCCAACUUGUGGGAGGUGCUUCAGGAAGCAUGGGGUGAAAUCUCUUUAGAUUACCUCAUCAAAUUGACAACUAGAAUGCCAAAGGUCUGCAAGGCUGUAAUUUCUGCAAAUGGAGGAUUGUUUGGCGAAAGCAAAGUUUGAAGGACACAAUUAUUAUUUCUAUUAAAAAUCAUUAUUUCUAACCUUGUCAAUGACUACAUUUCCUAUGCAUUUUGCUAUAUUUCCUAUUCAAACUCAUUUCAUGUAUGUUUUCAUGGAAAACAAGGACAUUUCUAAGUGACCACAAACUUUUGAACAGUAGUGUAUGUACAUGUAAUGUAAAUUGCAUCUGUUUAUGAGUGUGAACAGUUGUAUGAGGAUGGAUGGGGAACCAUGAACCAUCUGCUCUCUUGGCCCUGCAUCUGUCCCCCUCUCCCUCUCUUCUCCCUCUUUCUCAUCCCCCUCUCUUCUCCCUCUUUUACUGCUGUUGCUAUCUCAGGUGCCUUUCAUCCAUCAGCGUCUCUUUCAUCCCUCCCUCUCUCCAUCUCUCUCUGUCAGUGUUAGAGGGUGUGUGUGUGUCUAUACUAUGGUCUAUCUGUGUGUGUCUGUCUGUAUCUGUGCGUAUGGAGGGUUUGUGUGUAAUAAUCACCAGGUCUCCCCAAGGAAAUUAACAGUGCUCCUCAGACUCUCAAGACCCCCUCCCAUGGGCGGUCCCAAUGUCCUCUGAGCCCUUGGUGUGUGUGGGGGGACACCAUCUGGCCCUCGGCUGGGCUGGGUGGCUGCGGUGUGAGGACUGGGCACGUGGCUGGCGUACAGUAGACCACCACCACUGCCACCAAACCAGGCAGGGAUAGGAGGAUGGGGCAUAAAAAAAUGACCAAUAAACAUAAGCGAUGAACUCCAGGAGACAAAUAGCAGAGAAUGAAAAUUCAUUUCCACCUCUAUUUACACUGGGCCACAGUGGCUGGCAAAUGAUUAAUUGAGGGUUUACUGCACACUAUAAAUUGUUCUCCUACUCAACGACUCCCAGGGGGGAUGAGGGUUUUUACAGCCCAAGGCCCCGCACGGUGCACGCAGCCCGGAAAAUAAAAUACAAUUUAGAAGGAGAAAAAAAAACUAGAAUCUGACAUAACCAAGCCCCUUUUUUUUCUCCCUGCUAAGAACGGGCGGCACCUUAGCCACCUCUGGGCUGGAGGUUUAAAAGGGCCUGCUGUCAAUCAGCCCAUCACACAGGAGCAGGAUGGCUCUCUUUAAGAGGAGAGAGUGAUUGACACUGGCAAAGACAAACACUCAGAGCACGAAGGAAUCUAGGUGCAUCAGCGCUGUGACUCGCUAACUGGUUUAAGAAAAUGCAAGCCCUCUCCUCAUAUCUUAGCCUAGCUUGCAAGUCCUUUUAGUGGGGCACCAAUUGCCAAUUGGCACAAAUUGAGUGUUUCAGCCAACCAUAGGUUCAGGGCCUCCAUAUGAGCUUUACAUUGACUUCUGCACUCAGGUUAAAAACGUAAGGAAUAUAAACACCAAUGAGCUGUGCUUAGAGGCUGGUUUAGACGUAGCUGUGUGCAUCAUGUCUCCUCCAGUGACCUUGAAGCCUUUUGAAGGUGAUCCUUUUCAAUUAGUGUUUUGGGUACUGUAAGAUAUACAGAUAAGUGUAUAUUCUUGUCAUACCGCCCAAAAUGAUAUAUGGAAAUAGCUGCUUUCAUGGCAUGUUACCUGUAGUCAACCCUGGAUACUUUUACCUCUGAAGUGCAUCACAAUUAUAUCUCUUUCCCCUCUCUCUCCCUUUCUCCUCUCCCCCCACUCUCGCUCUCAUUCUCUCUUACCCUACUCUGUUCCCUCCUCCCCUCCCCCUCUCUGUCCUGCAGCGUCUGCGUGUGAGUUUGCUGACAUAGUGGAGCUGCUUCUACAGGCUGGGGCAGACCCUUCCGUUAAGGACCAGGAGGGCUCUCUGCCCGAGGAGGUCACUGAAUCCAGCACCAUAUCCUCACUGCUGCGCCAGUACACUGCCUCCAAUGGCUAG